UGCCCUUGCGAGAGCGUGAUGUUAUCUGCUGGCAAACUUUGCCAGAAUCUAGUCUCAGAGAGCAGGGGGUAUAGAUGAGAGUAAUAACGGUCUGAAGUUGAGGUGAAGAAAACGGGCAUGUUUUUACACAAUCGAUUAUUCUGAAAUUAAGAAAAGUAACAGGUCAAAGAGGCAAUCAAUUGUCUCCAUGCAUAGCAUAUUGGGGCAUUCUGACUGCAAAGUUUGAAAGACGGAAUUGUGAGAGGUGGAGGACCGAGACUGAAACGAUUUCAAUUUUUUUUACAAAUCUUGAUACAGUGGAGGUGUGUGCAGCCUGCAGGGAUCUUACUGCAGAGGAGUACGUUUACAUUUGCUUUUGAAAACUUUACGGCACCGAAUUGCAAUAUUCCUUUUUAUUAGUAUUGAUUUUGCGGCGUCUUUUUUCUGUUUUUUUAAUAUUUCUUUUUUUUUAAGCGCUGACAGCAAAUUGGUCACCUAUUUAGACUACGAUUUUAGGAAGCUGUUUUGUAAAUGUAUUACUUUAUUGAAAUAAAAAAAUAAACAUAACGAUAUAUUAAACUGAUGGAACAUAUAUAAUAUUGAUCUUUUUAUAACCCAUGUAUAUAUAUAUAUAUAUAUAUAUUUAAAUAGAGGUUUAACAUACUUUAUAAUCGUUUAAAAAUAUAAUAUAUUGUUUCAUACUGUUUUUUAUAUAUACCCUUUUAAAAGCAAAAGGGUUAAACGUUAGAUUUAAAGAUGAACUACUAUUUUUUGACCAUUGUCCUAACGCUGGAUUUAGCCACGGUGGCUAUUAGCUUGUCUACCUGCAGUACCUUGGACAUGGACCAGUUCAUGAAGAAGCGGAUCGAGGCAAUAAGGGGGCAGAUCCUGAGCAAAUUGAAGCUCACUAGCCCACCUGAACACUACCCUGAGCCCGAGGAAGUGUCUCAGGAGGUUAUCGCCAUCUAUAACAGCACCAGAGACCUGCUGCUGGAGAAAGCCAACGAGAGGGCUGCGACUUGCGAAAGGGAAAGGAGCGAGGAGGAGUAUUAUGCUAAGGAGGUUUACAAGAUAGACAUGUUUCCCCUUUAUUCAUCUGAAAAUUACAUCUCUGCAAAUUAUUACAAUCCUUACUUCAGGCGUCUUAAAUUUGAUGUUUCAUCAAUGGAGAAAAACGCGUCAAAUCUGGUGAAGGCAGAACUUAGAGUUUUUCGAUUACAAAAUCCAAAGGCAAGAGUCUCUGAACAGCGAAUAGAACUUUAUCAGAUCGUUGGCCACAAAGAGCUAACAUCACCGACCCAGCGCUAUAUUGACAGUAAGGUAGUGAGAACAAGAGCGGAAGGGGAAUGGCUGUCUUUUGAUGUUACAGAAGCUGUGAGUGAAUGGCUUCUUCACAGAGAUAGAAACAAUGGAUUCAAGAUAAGUUUGCACUGCCCAUGUUGUACAUUUGUACCUUCAAACAAUUACAUCAUACCAAAUAAGAGCGAAGAACUAGAGGCAAGAUUUGCAGGAAUUGACGAUAACUAUAACAGUGGUGAUUUAAAAGUAUUCAAGAAGAGGAAAUUCAAUGGGAAAACUCCUCAUCUCUUACUGAUGCUGCUGCCAUCCUAUAGACUUGAGUCUCAACAAAGUGGCCGAAGGAAGAAACGUGCCUUAGAUGCUGCAUAUUGUUCUAGGAAUGUACAGGACAACUGCUGCUUACGGCCAUUACAUAUUGACUUUAAGAGGGAUCUUGGCUGGAAAUGGAUUCACGAACCCAAGGGAUAUAAUGCCAAUUUCUGUGCAGGGGCCUGUCCAUAUUUAUGGAGUGCAGAUACUCAACAUAGCAAGGUGCUCAGUCUGUAUAACACAAUAAAUCCUGAAGCCUCUGCCUCUCCAUGCUGUGUAUCUCAAGAUUUAGAACCUCUUACUAUCCUGUAUUAUAUCGGAAAAACUCCCAAAAUCGAACAGUUGUCAAAUAUGAUCGUCAAGUCUUGCAAGUGCAGUUAAAACUUUUGAAAGUCCUGGGUACAUCAGUGUUAAAAGAGAAGUUUUACAACACACGGUACUAGUCUGUUUGGAAGAAUCUUUACAACCAACAGGAGCAAAGCAUUUCGAAGGCAUUAAUUCCUAUGCUUCACCUACUAUGUUAGUGAGAUAGAGGAGAAACAGAACCUUGUAAACACUGGAAGAAUUUGUAAGUGUUAAUAUGUGAAAUAAUCGAAGAAUCCCAUGUUCCUGAAAAUCGCUGUGUAGGUAUCACACCUAAUCUAAUCUCUCUCUGUAUUGUUAUGCAAUUGGCAUCCUAGGAACUCCUUACAGUACAAGCCAUUUGUAUUUGUUAUUUGUAUGUAAAACAUUCACUUUUUAGGGUCUUCAACUUUAGGUAGUGAUGUGUGAAUGUGUUACUAAAAUGCUUGGCUAUUAGACCCUUAAGCCAGUUUCCAAGCUGUCAUUUUAAAAUGCAAUGAAACAUGUAAUAUACUUAACGACAUUUGUUUAGAAGUCCAACUUCUCUUAUAGUACAUUAUGGUUGAUGAUAAGAUAAUAAUGAAAAUAAGGCAAAUUGUUUGGUCUAGAAAACAGUCCGCUAUACCAGGAAUUUAGAUUUUUUAUUAUAAUAAAUGUGUAGAAUUUGAACUUAUAUUUGUGGACUCCAGUAAUCCCCCACGUUAUUUGUAACACAAUGGAGCUGAGCUUCAAACUUCAAAAGUGCUUAAUGUUUUUGUCCCCUUUGUAUGACUGUCAUUGUGUAAAUCAAAAUCUGUUACUAAUGCAACUAACCCUAUCACGCACCACGUAGAUGGUCUGUAAGAUAUCUGGAAAGAUAUUACAUCCAAAACUGCUUAGACGGUAGAUGCUGGACUCUGUGUCGAUUCCUCUUGAAGGGCUUGUUUCUGGAGGUCAGGAGACUGAAUGGCCUGUUCAGGCACAGGGACACAGUAUCAUGCUCUUUGAACCAGCCAUUCACACAUGCAGCUAAGUGGACUGGAUCAUUAUUAUGAUGAAAAACUGCAGCAUGACAGAAAAAAGUAGGUCCUAUUCAUGCUCUUUGAACCAGCCAUUCACACAUGCAGCUAAGUGGACUGGAUCAUUAUUAUGAUGAAAAACUGCAGCAUGACAGAAAAAAGUAGGUCCUAUUCACAAAAGGCUAAGGAGUGUUUUAAAACAGAAAUAAACUCCAAACCCUGUUUAGUAGUUGAGAGAGGCUUGGAUUGCACAAAGGAGGGUCUAAAACCUUUAGCAGUUUUAAAAGCAGCAAUGUAACUUGUCAGUGGAUGUGAUAUAGUAUUUUAGAAGUACAGUCUAUUAAAACAAGUAUAUUCUGCUGUGGUUUUUAAUGAAACAGCUAUUUACAAAUGAGGAAAGUCCACACAAUGAAUAUGUGCCGAUUUGAAUAUAGAUGUUGAUACAAAGAUCCAAUUGAGAAAUAUUUUAAGAAGGCAGUAAAGGUUGUUAUAAAUAUCCAUAACUAAUUGCUGUGAAACAAAGAAAAAGCCAAUGUACUACCUUUGUACUAAGUAAUGUGCAUAAACCUGGCCCCAUAAUAUUGAAGGCUGGUUGACAUUCAGUGUGGACAAAGCCUGUCAGUAUAUGAAAUUCAAACUGUCUGAGGUAUAAUUUAGGCUGUAUGUGUUAAACAAAUAACUCCAAGAGAAUAAGCAGGCCCAGAGGAACUGUUUCUAUAAAUCCCUUAAGAAAACUCCUUUUUGUAUUUCGCAUACUUUUCAACAUGUCAAACAGGAUUUUUUGUUUUACUUCUUGUCUAUGGGGGUGCUGGAAUGCAACACCUUUGUGUUUAUAAGCAUAAAGGUUUAGAAACCUGACAAAUGGCACUAAAAGGAGAUUUUGUUUGAUCUUAUCUCUUGUUUAGAUUGAGAUGGAUGCCACACUUGUAGAACUAUACUUGAUUGCGCUGGACGCAGCCAAAUGUUGUACACUUUGAUUACUUUCUCUUUGUAUAGUGCUUCUCUUUGUUUGUGUUUGAGUGCCUUCCUUUUUCCUCAUUAGGAUAAUGUUCUUUGUUUCACAGAAUUGCACUGAUAGUAUUGUAAUGCUUUUUUCCCCCGUAAGUUUUUUAAAAAAUAUUUUGUUUUGAUUUUUUUAAUAUGCAUUUCUUAUUUCCCCUUAGUAAACAAUGGACAUUGAGAAAUACAGCACUUAGAAGGGAGGGUUGGGGGUAACAUUAUUUCCUUCUAUCAACAAUAAAGUCAUAUGGGCAGCAUGGAAUUGAACCGUUAAAUGAAAACAGCAUUGUUAUGUUUUGUUGACCCAUUGCAAUGUAUUUUAACACAUGGUAUGUUUGUUGUGGUGCUCUAAUAGUAAAUAAAUUAUUUAAAUUACAA